ACCUGAACAAACUCCACAUGCACAUCAAUUUGCCAACUUCAUCAUGACGACCUUUCGAUUACCACGACGCUCAUCAUCUGGCCGCUUCAUCUUGCGUGCGUGUAUUGUUUUGGCUGUUACCGUUCUUUUUUUCCUUGUCGCUCGUGUAUCACCGUCCUCACGAGUAACAAGACUUGUUUCACAUAACGAUAACACCGACAACUUUUACUACCGAGACAAUACCAUAUACGUUGACCCAUUUAUUGGCACCAGCGGUCCAGGGCAUGUCUUUCCUGGUGCAACGCUGCCUUUCGGCAUAGCAAAACCUGGCCCUGAUAUGACGGGCAACGAUAACCAAGCUGGCUAUAAUCCUAGCGGCAUCAUUCGCGGUUUUUCUCAGCUCCAUAGCGAUGGGAAUCCCAGCUACGGAAAUAUACAAGUACAACCAUUAGCGGGAGAGGAGUGGGAGAUUUGGGAUUAUGCUUCACUGAGGAUAGAAGGAUCACAGGUGGCAUCCCCUGGAUAUUUCGCGAUAGGAUUAGAUAGGUUUAAUGUGACGGUGGAGAUGACGGCAGCUCACAAAACCAGCGUCUUCCGAUAUGACUUUCAUAAUGCAAGCAAGGUUGCAGUCAUGAUAAAUGUUGGCCGAGAUCUCAUGGAGUCCUUUAUGGGCGGUAUGAUCAACCUCGACCGCGACAAGAGAGAAAACACACGAAUUACUGGUUACGGUACCUACCGGCCCAGCUUCGCUCCCACCGGUGCAUUUAAAGUCUUCUUUUGUACUGACUUCAAUUUGAAACCGUCAAGCGCCGCCUUAUUUGACGAUCAGCUACACAAUGAGACCGAGACUACUUUGACCGGAGGUUGGGGCGGCCUUGGUGCAUUGGUUCAAUUUGACACUAUGACCUUGGAAGAGCCUCUUAUCUCCAGGGUUGGCAUCUCCUUUGUAUCUGAGGCACAAGCUUGCGCCAGCGCUGAGGAUGAAGUGCCAGCAUUUGACUUUGACUUGACACAUAUGGCAGCGAAGAAGACCUGGGAGGACACAUUGGGCAAAAUUCGUGUGGAUGGCGGAACAGAAGACGAUAAAGUCCUUUUUUAUUCCAGUUUAUACCGUCACUUCAUCUCACCCGUAAACAAAACCGGGGAGAAUCCCAAGUGGGAAUCAUCAGAGCCAUACUAUGAUGAUUUUUAUUGUCUUUGGGAUACAUAUCAUGGUGUCAUGCCGCUUUACGCCAUGACUCACUCACAACCACUGGCUGAGAUGGUUCGAGGCUUGAUAGACAUAUAUCGAAAUGAAGGGUAUAUGCCAGAUUGUUACAUGGGUAUGGGCCCAGGCUAUUCACAAGGCGGAAGCAAUGCCGAAAUGCCACUGACAGACUUUCUGGUCAAGCAUGGUGCAAACUAUGGUGGCGUUUCUUGGGAAGACGGUUUUCAAGCGAUGAUGAAGGAUGCCACUGUUGAACCAAUGUACCAAGGCUGGACGGUGCAUGGACGAACCGACAUUGAAUUCUACAGUGAAAAUGGGUAUGCUCCAGCACCUGAAGACUCCACAUAUGACGCACCUCAGAGGUCAGCUCGCUCUGCCUCACGUACCAUUGAGUAUUCUCGCAACGACUUCGCCAUCGCGCUGGCAGCUCACCAACUUGGAAACACUAGUGUUUAUAAAGAGUAUCUGGCAAGAGCAAAUAAUUGGAUCAACCUCUGGAAUCCAGAUGUAGAAGAAGAUGGAUUUUCAGGCUUCAUUAUGCCAAGAUAUCAGAACGGCUCAUGGGAUCUAUAUCCACCUCAAUUUUGCGGGCCGACCCUAAAUCAUUUUAGUUGCUUUCUUGACUCCAGAGGAGGAGAGUUUUACGAAGAAUCAUCUUGGAUCUACAGCUUUUCAGCUCCACAAGAUCAAAUCAAAUUGAUAGAAUUGAUGGGAGGGCCUGAGCAAUACGUCAAGCGGCUCGAUCAUUACUUUGACAAAGGCUAUCAUGACAUGGGCGACGAACCAGCCUUCCUUAUCCCUUACCUCUACAAUUGGGCAGGGCGAAUAGAUAAAACCACUGAUAUCAUUCGUACCUUAUUGAGAACCCAUUUCUCCACCAAUUCGUCGGGAUUACCAGGCAAUGAUGAUAGUGGUGCAGAAGGAUCAUUUGUUGUUUGGUCGAUGAUGGGCUUUUAUCCCGUGUCGGGAACAGACGUCUAUCUCUUGUCUUCACCCUUGUUUACUGAGACCUCCUUACUGAUAGGUCCAAACCAAGUUUUUACCAUCGUGGCCAACAACUUGACUGAUACCAAUCGCUACAUUCAAAAAGCGACGUUGAAUGGCCAGCCUUUUGAUCGUUCUUGGUUUCGCCAUAGUGAGAUAGCAGGUGAAUCCGGUGCUAGGUUAGAACUGGAGAUGGGCGCAGAGUGGACGGGCUACGGUGUCAAGAAGCUGCCACCAGCCAUCACCGGAGACGUGUCUUGGGUGCAAUAAAUGUAGUUAUUCCGCGGGUUGCCAUAGGAAAAAAGAAAAAUCCUCAAAAUAUAUAUAUAUAUUGCCAUGAUAUUGGCAGAAUGCAAUGCUCCUCGUCCUCCUGAUUACCUUGGAGUCAACCGGUUGGACAUCCGCGCCUUUUGCCUAUAGUAGGAGCGGCGGCUAACAUGUUUAAAUAAAUAUCAGUUCCUC